UUUGCCAACAAAAAUCUGGCCUUCACUUGCUUGACCUUCGGAGGCCAAAAAACAUGAACACUGGGCCUUGAAAUUCCUCCAUUAAAAAUGCAUGUCUUUAUCCACCUCCCAGAAAAAUCAUGCUUUGGUGUAAGAAGUCUCUUUUAAAACGAAAAUAGUAGGGAGGGAAGGAAAACUUGAGGGCCACUAUCCAGCAGAAGCAUCAUGGCAUAGUGAAAACAAAGCUGGAGUUAGAUGUAAGACACUUGAGUCCCAGCCCAGACACUUACUAGCAGUGGCACCUGUGGCAAGAUACUUCCCUUCUCUGAUCCUCAAUUCCCUCAUCUGUAAAAUGGCUAUAAUAAUACUUUCGCUUUUGUGGGGAAAUUGUUCCUUUAAACCCUUAAGGGCUACAGAAACGCUACCUAUGAAUGAGUCUCAGAGCAGUCUUUCUCACAGAAGGUAUCAAUGCCCUAAGUUGAUGGGAAAACAGACAUAGAAAUGGGAGGUGGGGCAAUGGAAGACUAAAUGCCAAUGUUGACUUGAGCAUUUCAUAAAGCUGUGCUUGUGGUGACCGGUCCUAAAGUAACCCAGACUCUCCCUUGGCACGCUCUUCUUCACCCAGCCCCUGGGAAUCAUAUGACCUGAUGUCUACCAACACUUCAAGGGUUGUAACAGAUUUCAUCCUCGUGGGCUUCUCUCAUCUCAUGGGUUUCCAGGGUCUCCUCUUCAUCCUCUUCCUCACCAUCUACCUGUUCACCGUGGCUGGCAACCUCCUCAUCGUGGCCUUAGUCUCCGUCGAUGCCAAGCUCCAUUCACCCAUGUACUUCUUCCUCCGCAUCCUCUCAGCCCUGGAGAUCUGCUACACCUCCGUCACCGUCCCGCUUGUGCUCCACCACCUCCGGACCGGGAGGCGCCGGAUCCCCAGAGUUGGCUGCGCCCUCCAGAUGUUCUUCUUCCUCUUCUUUGGGGCCACCGAAUGCUGUCUCCUAGCUGCCAUGGCUUACGACCGCUAUGCUGCCAUCUGCACCCCACUCCGCUACCCGCUCCUGCUGAACCGCCGGGUGUGCCUGCAGUUGGCUGCAGGAGCCUGGACUUGCGGGGCUCUGGUGGGACUUGGCCACACCUCUUUCAUCUUCUCUCUGUCCUUCUGUGGGCCCAAUGCAAUCCCUCACUUCUUCUGCGAGAUUCAGCCAGUGAUGCAGCUAGUCUGCAGGGACACGUCGCUCAACGAGCUGCAGGUCAUUUUGGCUGCCGCCCUUAUCAUCUUUUGCCCCUUUGGGCUGAUCCUGGUCUCCUACGGUAAGAUCCUAACCACAAUUGUACGGAUCCCAUCUGCUGCAGGACGCUGCAAGGCCUUCUCCACCUGCUCCUCACAUCUGCUUGUGGUUACCCUUUUUUAUGGCACAGCCAUCUUCAUCUACAUCCGCCCUAAGGCCAGCUACGACCCAACCACGGAUCCACUGUUGUCUCUCUUCUAUGCCGUGGUUACUCCUAUCCUCAAUCCUGUGAUCUACAGCCUUCGUAAUGCUGACGUCAAGGCAGCCCUCAAGAGGACUCUCAGGAAGAUGAGUUCCAAAGAGAUGUAGGGCAGCGGUGAUCAUCACCCAGCAUACCUAACCAGAAAAAAAAAAAGUUCCCACUACCACCACCAGCAGCAGCACCACCACCACCAACAGAACACCUAAUCUGCUGGGGUGGACACAGUCCCUUGACCUUGGGAAUUCCUGAAUU